AUGGACGAGAUCAACAAAAUCCCACCGGUCACACGCUUCAUGCUAGGUGCGACCGCCGCCAUCACCUUGCCAUGCAUUCUCGCCAUCACCUCGCCGUCUCCUUUCGUGCUCGUCUGGCCCUGGGUCAUCUCCCGCUUCCACAUUCAUCGCAUCUUCACCUCGUUCUUCUACGGAGGUGGCGGCCUCAAGCUUCUCUUUGAUUUCUUCUUGCUCUACCGCAACAGCUCGGAUCUCGAGUUGAAUCACUUUGGCCGACGCACGGCUGAUUACACCUGGUCGCUCCUCGUCAUGGGCACUAUCAUAAUUGCCGCCAAUUAUCCACUGGGUUCGGUGGUGAUGUUCGGCCCGCUGCUCAAUGCGUUGGUGUAUGUAUGGGCGAGGGCAAACCCGACCAGCAUCGUGUCGUUCUUCGGCAUGGUCAACUGUCCAAGUCGCUGGUUGCCGUAUGUGUAUAUUGGUCUUGAUCUGCUGCAGGGCGGACCACACGCUGCGAUUACGAGCUGCACGGGGCUGUUGGCUGGAUACGUCUACUGGCUGCUCGAUCAGGUGCUUCCUGCCCAGCGCGGCGGCGGGGGCCGAGGCGGUGGCAGAGGCGGCAGCCUCGUCCCCACUCCCGGAUUCUUGGAGAGACUGUUGCCAGACUCGCUCGACCCGGCGCUGGCAGGCCAAAACAUGGGCAACAGGAACGCCAGACGUGUCGCAGGAGGCACAGUCUGGAACGCAUCGCGCGGUAACCGUCUCUCGAGCUCUUCGUCAAGCGCAUCGUCCCGCCCAGCCAGCAUUGCAUCCGCCCUCGGCGCCGGUGUCCGCUCUACUUUCUCCUCGCUCAACCCGUUCCGCAGCUCCAACGCGUCGUCUCGCACAGACACCUCCAGCGGGCCCAGCAGAGAAGAGCUCCUUGCAGCAGCAGAACGCCGUCUACGCGCCUCACAGACCUCGUCGAUUGUCGGUCGCAAUGCUGCUGAACGCUCCACCCGACCUGCUGGGUCAAACACUCCUGGCACGACAAGUCUCAACCCUCGUCCUGCUGCCACGGCAACCGCGGCAUCUACUGCGAACCUGCGCAAGACGGCUGCUGCCGCGGGGCAGUCUAACACGUUCACUUUCGGGCAGCUCAAUGAGAAGAAGGCGAGAGCGCAGGACGAGCAGCAGGAAGAUCACAGUUCGAGUGGCGGUGCCGUUGCUGAGCAGAGAUGGGAUGGAAAAGGAAAGGGAAAGGGAAAGGCUAGAGACAGCGAUGACGAGGCUGAACCGCAGAGUGACGUUCAGACCGGUUCGGGUGCGGGUUACACUUGGGGAUCGGGUGGUAAACGCUUAGGCGACUAG